AUGUCGCGUUCUGGUCAAAAUAUUUCUCUACACGCCCUCACACCCUUGACCAGUUCAGACUCGUCUCCGCCUGGCAAGCUGCCUAGCCCGCGCUCUUCCAAGCUCUCGCAUGAGACGAUGCACACGCCCUCAUCCUCUACACACGCGGCGCCAUCGAGCGCGCCCAACAAUGUCGCCGAUACCAUCACACCCAUAAACACGCCGCCCGAGACGCGCAUAUCCGUCUUCCCAGCCGACGGCGUGCUGGGCCAACGCUCCACCUACGAUGCGCAGCUUGACUCUAAACUCGACAAACGGGCGAGAGCAAAGGGAACGGCGAAAUACACCACAAUACUGGAUAAGGGCGACCCAUCUCCUCCUCCCGACCCGCGGCUAGCCAUUGCUGGCUACACCACUGGCCACUAUGUCAUCAAGACUUCCUUCGUGGGAGCCCCAAAGUCCAAACUUCGAAUAGCACCAUAUGUUGCUAAGCCGUACUCGUUCGAUCAACGCAUAUCAUGCGGUCCAGGACCCGCGACCCAAGUGGUUGUAACAGGAUUUGAUCCUUUAACACCAGACGCGCAAUUGCGUGGUUUCUUCUCCACCUAUGGCGAAAUAGAGACUCUUCGCAACCAAGUACAUCCUGACAAUGGUAGCCCACUUGGAAUAUGUUUGGUCAAGUUUCGCGAUACCCCGCCUGCGCGCGGUGUACCAGGGGUCAAAGCAACCACUUCAGCAAAGCGAGCCGAACGAGAAGGCACGAAUCAGCGCAUUGCGCAACACACCAUCAGGGUGAAAUCUGAUCGCGAAGGCCGGAGAUGCCAGAAACUGGUGGAUAUGGCGGUGCAGCAAACCCGUAAGGAGGAAGAGAAGCAGCGUGUCAAGUUCGCUGCAAAGGCCGCUAGCGCAGCGACACCAGUUAUACCGGGGAAUUUCGAUUUGCCGGCAAACGUGCCCAAAGGCCCGUCUGGAAAGGGCACGCGUCCGCCGAUACCGAUACCUCGAGAACCUCUAUCGAGAAAGGCCGCGCUUUCCUUCCUCAUCGAACGCGAACCAAUCAAGCCUACACUGAAACGAAAGCCUUAUAUCUUCAUCGCUCACGCAUACGUACCCGUCCUCAGCACAACCGUCGAUCAUCUGAAGAAGCGGUUAAAGAACUUCCGGUGGGCUUCGGUGCGAUGCGACCAGACGGGCUACUAUGUAACCUUUGAAGAGUCGAAGCGCGGUGAAGAUGAGGCCGUUCGAUGCUACAAAGAAUGCCACAUGCAAGCUCUGUUCACGUAUGUCAUGAACAUGGAGUGCAAUCAGUAUGGCGAUCCCAACUACGAGCGUAGUCCAAGCCCAGAACGUGUAGUGGCAGACAAGAAGCGAAAGGCUAUUGAAGAGCGAAUAGAACAGGAAGAGGCGGAAGAUCUUGAGUGGGAAAAGAAGCAAAGGGCAGAUUCAUUAGAUCCUGUACGAGCCGCUUUGGACGUUCUGAAGCAGGAGCUCCAAGAAAAGCUUCUUGGGGACAUUAAGACGAAAUUGGCGGCGCCCACUAUACUCGAACUGCUGGAUCCCGAUCUCCACGUAGAGAAGCGCCGCAAAUUCGAUGUCCCCGCUCCUUCUCAGAAGGAAGAGGUUGCGCGGCCACCUGCACUCCUCGCCCCAGGAUUCGACGCCUUUGGAGUUGGUACGCCAAAGGGCCGCAAUGGCGGUUUCGGUGGUCGCAACGCGCGUAGAGCACUGGGUGCGUUCGAUCCCAGUACUAGGCGUGGAAAGAAGCCUCCGAAGGUUGUCAAUGCAUUCGCAGAUGAGCGAAGGAAGGCCUCUGCGCCCAAGCCUCGUGUGGCCCGUGGUCUGCACCGCCAAAUGAUUGAGAUGUUCGAGCCGGAAGAGUCUGAUGACGAAAGUCGCAGCCAGCUAACUCGCGGCACUGAAGAGCAAGAGAGCCGACCAAUCAGCCGUGCUCCUUCUACCGACGUUGAAGAGGAGGUGGAAGAGUCAUCGAGAGCCCAUCGUGCCAAACGGCGCCGUCUCGAAACUGGAUGGGGUGAAGACAGUGACGAGGAGAUGGAUGAUUCGCAUGCUAGGAGUUUGCUUGCCCACUGCAUCCACAAGGAUCCAGAAAACAUGGCGGAGAAAGAGCUGGAGCAAGUACUUGCAAUUCUUCCCCGCUCCUCCCCUAUUUGGAAGAAGGCAGAGAAAGCACUCAAAGGAUUUAGAAGGUUGCGGAAGAUUGAGCAAGAGGCGGAUGCGAUCUUUGGCGUGGAAGCAAGCGCACUUGACAAACUUGAGCCUGAAGUCAUCAUCACUCAGGACGAUGAAGCACUCAAGCCUAUCGAGACUACCGAACUACCAGAGACACUUACGUCACUCAAGAAGAAGGCUGUCGCCAAACCCAAGAAAAAGACUAAGAAGCAGCUUGAAGAGGAGGCCAAGGCUGCGAAGGUAGAGGUCACAGAAAUCGAGGCUCCUGUGGAGGAGGAGGUUCCUGAAGUCAAGGAAGUCAAGGAGGUCAUCGAAGAGGCCGUGGUUGAGGAAUCGACACCAGAAGACGACGAGCGAGCCACUUCUGUGCUCUGGGACGUAUCCUCCGGAGAGCCUCGGAAGACUGUUGAGGACGACCUCAGUGUUGUAAUGGACAUUGACGGUUGGCAACACAUGCUCAAAGACGACGAGGAUUUGCGUCACCUGAAGGCCGCCAUGGAGUCCAUCAGUGCCGCAAAGAUCGGAGACGCACAGUCUUGGGCAUGGAAACAGAAGUCUAUCAAGCACCUCAACCGCAACGGCGAAGAGGGCGUCUCGCGUACCGAAACAAAGAUCGAGGGUUACUACGUUCCUAACUCGACUGGCUCAGCUCGUACAGAAGGCGUCAAGAAAAUUCGCGAGUCUGAAAAGUCAAAAUACCUACCUCAUCGUAUUCGCGUACAGAAGGAGCGCGAGGAGCGCCAACGCCGUGCCAAGCAAGAAGAGAAAAGCGUUGUCUCUGUCGAAGGCUUCAAGUUCCACACUAGUGCUAACAAGACGUCCACCGCCAACUCGCGUGCCAAUCGCGCUAACAACCGUCGCAUGGUCAACGAUAUCAACAUAUCCAAGAACAUGUCUGGCGCUGAAGGUGACGCCCUCCGCUUCAACCAGCUGAAGAAACGCAAGAAGCUUGUCAAAUUCGACCGAUCCGCCAUUCACAACUGGGGUCUCUACGCCCAAGAACCCAUCGCCGUCAACGACAUGAUCAUCGAAUACGUAGGCGAGAAGGUUCGCCAGCGGGUUGCCGAUCUCAGGGAAGCCAAGUACGACAUGCAAGGUGUCGGCUCAAGUUACCUGUUCCGCAUUGAUGAAGACACGGUUAUCGAUGCGACCAAGAUGGGUGGCAUUGCAAGAUUCAUCAAUCAUUCUUGUACGCCAAACUGCACGGCCAAGAUUAUUCGCGUGGAUAAUACGAAGCGUAUCGUCAUCUACGCGUUGCGGGAUAUCAACUCUGAUGAGGAACUUACCUACGACUACAAGUUCGAGCGUGAGAUGGACGCGACUGAUCGUAUUCCUUGUCUUUGCGGUUCCAUCGGCUGCAAGGGCUUCCUUAACUAG